UACAACGUUGUUCUGUGUCAUUUAAGAAGAGUGAAGCGUACAGUGCAGAACUCGUUCCUUGUGCCUAUCAGAAGGUGGUCGCCAUGAAAAAGUUCUACUCGUUAUGGAUAUUAUUCUUAAUCAUCCACAUAAUCAAUUUCAUUCCUAAAGGAAUUCAUGGUAAUCAAGAGUGUGAUUAUUAUCCUGGAAGCCUCCCUUACUGUUGUGAUGAAUACGGAGACUAUUACUCUAGUUCAUCCUUUACUUGCCACAGCAUUAGAAACUUUCCGAGAGAAUUAUUCGUACAGUAUUCGUCCUCAUAUAUGCAUCAAUCAACCAACCUCCUUUUCUUAAACAGCAGCCUAAACAAAAUCCCAUCCCUAGCAUUUCAUACCUUUUCUAAUUUAAAAAGGCUCUACUUGAAUGACACUGGGACUAACACUUUGGAAAUGGGCGCAUUUAUAGGAUUAACGAAACUCCGAGAAUUAAAUUUAAAUCACAACAACAUUACAGAAAUAGCUAUUGGAACAUUGAAUCAUCUCCUGAGACUUGAAAUAUUAGUUCUGUCGAAUAAUAACUUAGAAAACCUUAAUAAAGAUGUUUUUAAAGACCUUGGGAACUUGCAACGAUUAUAUCUAAACAAAAAUAAACUGCAAAUAUUAGAGGAAGAAUUAUUUUCGUCGCUCGUUAACGCUACUGAAAUCGAUUUAUCUCAGAAUAAUUUAAACAAACUAAAUCCCAGUGAAUUUCACUCCCUUGCAGAACUCAGACUACUGAACUUAAGUGGUAAUCAAAUACAGUCUUUUCCUCCGUCUAUGUUCAAGGGUUUAACAAAACUAAAUAUACUUGAUUUAUCUAAAAACUCAUUAACCAAUAUUCCAUACGGGAUACUGUCAGGACUGACCGGUAUAGAAUAUCUCAGUCUUUCACAUAAUCGUUUAACUGCUAUAGAUUCCAAAUCCUUAUACUCCAUGCAACAUUUAACGGAUCUAAACCUAUCAGAGAAUGGCUUGACUUAUCUAGACGCAGAAGAAUUGAUAUCAAUAUUUACAAAAUUAAAACGUAUACAUCUGUCUGGGAAUAAGUGGACAUGUGAUACAUUGUUUGCUAUACUAAAGGCAUUUAGAAUGACCGAUGCUGUGGUAGAAUCAGGUAAUAACUACCAGGCAGAUAAUUUGCAUGGAAUCUACUGUACCCCAUCAGCUUUACAUUCAGAUGAAUCUUCCAUGACCAUUUCGAGGAACAAUGUCUCGACAAACCUCUCCUCGACAAUCGAUAGAUCUCAAACUCAACUAUACUUUCAGCACCUUUCAAACAUUUUAACGGAAAUAUCAGAGAAAAUUUCAAAAAACAAUAACCUUGUUGGAAAAGUUGUGGAAAUUGUGCAAAUAAACAAAAUGUCGAAAAUGGCGGGUGUUGAUAACGUUACGCACCUUAACAUUUCUGUAUUAUCUAAUCAAUACGAAUCGGAUACUACUGGACAUAAAUUACUAUUAAACCUCUACAAUGUAUUAAACAGAACGUAUAGUGCUGACAUGAUAAUAGAAGUAAAGCACUUGCUAGAAAAAAUCUUAAGUAAUUCUGAGCGGAUGGUUCAUUUACAAGAAUCCACUCACCAACAAGAAUCACUGUUGAAUAACGAAAACGCACCACAUACAUCAUAUGUCGACCCCACCAAGACGUCGACAUUUAUGGACAAAACCAACACCUUCAUGAGAAAUAUAUCCGACAAUAUCGCAAUACUGCAUACGACAGUUAGACAACUAACUGCAUUUCAUGCUACCAAUCAACUAAAAUCGGAAUUUCUGUCAACUGGUCAAACAACUGCUUCACAUGCCAAGGAAAGUGCAUCUACUAUAAUUAUAUGUUUAUCAGUAUUAGUUCUAGUUUUAUUUAUAAUAUUGGGGGUUAUUUGUUUUCGCAACCUAAAGGACAACAACCACCUCCUUGACAGCCUUCGGAGCUUUAGAUCCAAAUCGAAACACAACAAAAGCGAAAUUGACUUGAUGAACAGUGAAAGUGUAUUAAAUACUCAAAUUUAAUGAAAUGGGAAAGAUCCUCUUAUUAAAAUAAAAUAAGUUUUUGUAUAAUUCUUCAGUUAAUGCUAAUGAAUAAUUUUUGGAUGUUGUAUAUUGCUACAUUUGUUUGAAUUGAUAAAAGAUUUUCUGUUUUCAUGUUUAUACAUUUAGUAAUUAUUAUUUAAGGUUACAAUUUCUCGUAAGCUUUCUCGGUUUUAUUUAAGGUUAGGUUAAAAUACUGUGUACUUUUUUUAA